CGGUGCUUUGCAGAAUCUACCACAGGAUCGGAAUUGCGAGAAAGUCGGUGAUCUGAUCAUCAGUAUCUAUGGAUUAGUUCGCUCGUCGAACUCGUUUAUUAAAACAAAAAGAACUGAGAGUGGAUUCGGGAAAUCCGACAAGACAUGUGUUCGGACAACGGUGGCUCUGCGUUGGCCCGACGCAUGUGUCGGAUAUGUAGGUAGUUAGCGGCGGCCACGAUAAGGAGGGUCAUGGAUAAAGACAUUAAUGCUUAUUCUGCAUUAAUACGAUAGAAUUGCCUAGUGCAAGCAAUUUCAGAACGGUAUACAUCCAUACUUUAAUAUUGGAAGCGAAGGUGGUUUGUACCGCUUUCGCGUCGCAACCGUUUCGUUGGUAUCAUGAAAUGAUGCGUAUACGUUGUCAGAGAAGAAACAGGAAACGAUAAGGUACCUUUUAUUGAGAAAAAUGUACUUGCGGAAUAGAUUUUGUAGCUUUGCUACCUCAUACAUUCAGGAGAGUAACCUUCACAAGGUGACCUCGAACAUUCUGAGCACAGGACAAGGUCUGUCGAGUCCAUUAGUUAUAUAUGAUAUUAAAUACGAAACAUUAAAAAAAUGUAUAUCACAUUCAUUAGUAGCGAUGAGAUCAAUCAAUUAUUCAAUACUCAACAGUUAUACACAUUUCAAGGGUAUAUUAAAUUGAAACAUUUAUUAUUAGACACUCAUUCUAAUUCAUAGCUCGGUGCCAGUCGUGUCUUUAUGUCGUAAUCGUAUUGUAGGUAACUAUGCAAAUCGGUAAUGCAGUGAUACAUUUAAAGUCAACAAAACUUACUACAAUGAAUACAAUUUCACCAACUACAAAACUGUUAAAAAUCUUCGCACUAAAUAGUAAUAUUGAGGAAAUUGAUCUAAAAUGUUCUGCUAAGCUCAGAAUAACCAUGACCGCUUUUGUUCUUUGUUCAUUAAUUUUUUACAGUUUGUAUUACAAAUUCAUCUAUGUAUUUGACUACGUUAAUAUUUCAAUUAAAAUUACGGAUUGCGUUCAAAUGGUGUAUGACUUUUGUCAAUAUAUUGUCGACCUGUAUUUUGUUACGAAUUAUGGAAGAAACAUUAGCUCGGAAUAUUUUCAACAAUACAAAAUUAUUGAUAAAAUACUUGAGGUUGUAUGUUAUGAGAUUAUCAAGCACAGAAUAGUGAAAUUGUUAUGGGUAUUUAUGUGCAUUUGGUUUUCAAGUUCAUGUUUUGACUUCAUAGCUUGGUUUCUGAACUAUGGAUGGAUCACGCCUCUAGUGUAUUCAGUAGCCUACAUUUUCUUACUCAUUAAAAUACUGACCACAUUGGACCUAUCAGCGCAUAUAAUGAAUGUGGAAAUUAGACUGAAGAUGAUUGCUGAUUUAAUACAUCAUUAUUAUAUGAGCUGUGAGGAUAACUUUCAAGCCGAAGAGACUUUGUGUCAUAAGAACUGGUUGAAUUCUAAAGAGCGUGCAAAAUACUAUGAACUACAGUUCAGAAUUCACGCUCUGAAACAGCUUUCUUGUAAUAAUAAUGAAAUAAAAUUGCUAAGCCGUUGCUAUUUAAUGCUUACGGAGCAAGUCGAGAUCAUUAAUAGAAUGUAUGGUUUCCGUAUACUUCUAAAUAGUUUGAGUUUACUCAUUGAUAUGGUUAGAUUUACAAAUAUAUCAGUCCGAAUCAUGAUUGGGUCCCAGAACUUAGCUUAUAACUGUGGUUACUUCCCGGCUGUUUCGAGUAUAUUCCGGCUACUAACAUGUGGUGCGGUCAUAAUUAACUUAGUGAGUCACUGUGAACGGGUCUACUAUCAAAGAACUAGGAUCUGCAACGUCAUAGAUCAUAUGAUCGUGAAUAAAAAUCUCAGUCGAGAAUCAACAGAGGCAUUACAGGAAUUCCGAAACUUAGUUCAAAAUCAUCCGAUCGAGUUCAACAUGGCGAAUUUCUUUCAACUAAACUAUUCGUUACUCGUGUCUAUAGCAUCAGUGGUAGUCACAUAUACAAUAAUAUUAUUACAAAGCGUUAACUGAAAAAAAUGCUGAUAUGGUGAUAGCCCUGAGAGGCUAUAUCAGCGUUUCCCUAGCGUGUAGGUGAG